AUAUGGACCCGGGUGGCCUUUACAGCACAAGGAACAUCAGAUCUUCAGAACAACAGAGAUAUUUGCCAACACUUCAUUGUUAAGUUUUGAUUUUCAACAGACCGCAGUUUGUCAGAAACUACCAAGUAUAAUGAAACUGUUGAUAGUCGUGCUUGUCUGUAUGGUGGCGCUAUGCAGUUCGGCAAAACUUGCUGCUCAGAGUGUAAACAUUUGCCCCGCUACGGAUCUGACCGAAUCGUUCUACGCAGAUAAGGUGGCCUACAACUCUAGGACGUACAGGAGCAAUAGGAAAGCCGAAGCUGAGUUAACCAAAAUGCUUGGUGCCGAGACUAUAAAAAAGAUGGAGUCUUCCGCCAGGUGUGUCGGCCCAGACGAGAAGCCGGUGUCGACUUCCGGUACGAGUUGCGAGCCGUGUCCAUCGAGGGCGUACCAUCUGCACAAGUUCAACAGGAACCGCUGUGUCGUGAUCUUGCCACACAUCCAGCUAGUCCGAUAUGUUAGAUGCAGUUACCGGUCAUGUUACCAGUUUUGUCCAUGUGGAAAGAAGCGAUGUAGGAACUACGGUUGGUCAAAGACGUGGUUCUUCGCCUUCUGCUUCCAGCCGUACGGCAGCUGGCACGUCGGUCUCAACUACUACUACCUCUGGUUACCCCAGGACUGCUUGUGUUAUUAAACAUCACUGGGUCGAUGUCAAAUUAAAUCUUGUGUUUGUGUGUGUUGGUUUUGUUUUGUUUCUUCGUUUUAAAUAUAUCUAUCUCUUUGCCGAAUUUGAAUUAUUAUGUUCGUUUAAUAGUAGAUAGAGCAGUUAUAAUUUGAUGGUUUAAUAGUAGAUAAUUUGAGAAAAAAAGAAGAAAAAACCCUGCUAUUAAAUUUAAUAGUAAAUAUUGAAAAUAAAGUGUUAUCUUCGAGUAUGUUUCAUUAAUCAUAAAUAAAAUAUUUUUAAAAAUAA